AUGGCAAUCAUUGUUUUGGCCACGAUUUUGGUAUUGUCCCAAGGGAUUCAAAGCCAGGAUAACAUAUCCUUGGCACCACUAAAAAAGCUAAACGAUGUCGUCACUUCUCGCUUGAAAGAGCGCCUUAAAGAAGCCACACCUGCCGAUUUUUCUGAACACUACAAACGACUUCAACAAGCUGCCGAUCUACCGAUUUAUCAACUGGACGAAAAAAUUAUGGCAUACAAUGAGCUUAAUCUUCUCCAGCAGACUGACGACUCCUUGGGUUCAACCAGCGAGCCACCUGCCCUGAAUGGAACAGUUUCUGAGGAUGGACCAGUGUUGCGACAGGAUAUGACAUUCACCAUGUUCGAAAGAAGAAUUCUGAGAAUCCUUAAGAGGCUUGGCAUCUACGAUAACUUUACUGUUCGCGUAUUCAACGCUAUCUUCAGCGAUGAAAAACAGCUGCGAAAGCUUAAGAAGAAGCUGGACGAGUUGGACAAGGAGGAUAAGGACACGGAUAAGGACAAGGAUAUAUUGUGGGGCCAUGUCCUCGACUUGUUUUGAUUCUUAUAUAUCCAUAAUUUUCCUUUCCAUGAAUUAAAUAAAGAAUA